AUGGACGAAAUACUGACGAAACUAGCAUUGCAUACUGCCACUUUUGUCGGUAAGGCGGCGUUCGCCUAUAGCACAAACUAUGCCAUGAAUCAAGUUACAAAGUAUAUUAAACGCGACGCUUCUAAUGCACAAAGCGUCGACAUGGAGGAACUUGAGCGUGUUAAAGCGACACUUGAAGCCACCAUUCGAAUGGUUCAGCCUGCUAUUGAUCUAAUUGAAAUUAUAUCUGCACGCGGAAACACGGCUUUAGAACCAACAGCUGUUCAAACAACACUAUUACGUAAAGAGAUUGAGUCAUUUGCGCGUAGCCUUUCUGAAUAUAAUUUGUCUGAAACUGAGUCAACUUCUUCAACAGAUAAAAAACGAUUCUUCAAUGCAUCUAAAGUUACUAAUGAAAUGCAAACUUUAAUACAAAAGAUUGAGAAAUUUGUGCCAUAUUUAAAUUUAAUGAUGACAACUAGUGGUGCGAAUUUAGGAUGGAGCUUACCAAACUCUACCAGCCCCUCUCGCCUACUUCAAGCGUCUGAUGCGUUACGUGAAGCAAAUCGCCUAUUUUCAAAAAGUAGCAAACAGAUACGAGUUGGACCUGGAUACAAAUUAAAAUUAUACUACAUGUUUACAGCAUCUGUUCGUCCCAAGUCUGUAAAUGACUUUACGUGGAAAGAAGAAUUCUCAAAAUGCGAUGCUGCUUUAUACCGAGUUCAUGAUGUUAAAGAAAACGAAGAAAGAGAGUACAUAUACGAAUUGAUAAUUGUUGAAGAUUUAAAUGAUGGAAGAUAUCAUGAAGAAUUUGAUAAUGAUGGCCCUGCAAUACAACUUGCAGAAGAAGCUAAGCUCGGACAGCAAUCACAAUCUAUUCCAGGCAAAAUAAAACGGAUUCCAGUUGGUGAAAUUUCUCGUUUAUAUUAUACUUCGUCUGGAUCUUUGUUGAAUAUUGAAGAUUCGAAGAGCCCUGUGCUUGUACUAAAAGUAAUAAAAGGACUUUCAAAGGCACACUUAUUAAAGGCACAUGAUGAAACUACACGUAAUAUAGAUUUAGAUGCGAAUCCGUUAUAUGUCCCUCCGAAUACUUCAGAAAAACGCGCAAAAGAGUCUAAAGAACAUUCGAAUUCUGAUUUUGACAAUGAUGAUCAAGAAGAAUCAGCAAUAACACAAUCUUCGCAAUCCAUUCCUGGAACUCCACUACCAAGAAAGAUUCCAUUGUCAACGAGCCACGCGUCACCUACACCAAGAAGAAUUCCUUUACCCAAGAGUCCUGUUUCUCUUACACCAAGAAGGAUUCCUUUGCCUACAAGCCCUUUGAACUCGACACCGGAUAAUUCUGGGGACAAUGAGAUACACCAAUCUAAUUUGAAAACUCUUAGUCUUCUUGAAUACAUGUUACGAUUAAGUGCCUUAGAAGUUUGUGAGCAAACAAAUCAUCUUGAAAUAGCUGAUGAAAAAAUCAACCUAUUUCUUAAAGAUGACGAUUCAACUGGAAGUUCUGCUUCUACCGUUUCUGCAUCAACGCCAGAAUCAUCCCCAUCUAAAGUUACGCCUCGUCGAUCAAUGCCAAAAUCUAUCUCAUCUUCUAGGAAACUUUUGUUUAAAGAUGAAAUUGAUUCUAUUAAUAAAAUGUCUGUAUUGAGUGUCAACGACAAAUAG